CGCCUCGACAGCGUCCACUCGUAUCUCAUUUGAAGAAGAAGGUGAAGAAGAAGAAGAAAAUGAGGAGAAAGAGAGAGUGAAGGCGUACACGCAUGGGGGGAAGAGGGGGGAGAAUGAGGAGGAGUGGUGGCGUGGCGCGAAGGAAGGAGAGGAACGAAGAGGGAGAACACGACGGUGACGAGGAUGAAAACAAAGCUGGCGUGGCUCGGCCGGGGCCGGGGCCUGCCGGGGCGGGCUCAGGAGGAGGCCCGGGGCGCCGCCGAGCGCGAGGGCGAGGGCGAGCACCAGUGCCGAGCCGAGCAGCCGAGCCGAGUAGGGGCGGAGAGGAGAGCGCCUCGGAGAGCGCGCCCAGCCCGGCCACCAGCCGGCCACCAGCCCCCCGAGCACCAGCCCGAGCUCGCACGCCGCGGAGCACGGGCACGCGCACGCUAGCGCACGCGCCGGACCAUGUCACGUUCGGGUCGCACCGCCGCGCCCGCGAGCGCCCGCCUGCAACAUCGCGAGUGACACACGCACACACACGCACAAAUACACACACAAACACACACACUAGCACUUUCGAGUGAAAACGCAAGAAAUUUCCUGUGUCGAUUUCCUAUAGUCCUUAUUUUGUGAUCAGACGAUAAAAAGUGGAGUGGUGCUCAAGACGAAGACGACGGCGACACGACGCUCCCUGGGAUUACUCGCAGCUUCUCCAGCCUCUCCAGCCCGCCCCGGGCGGACAAGUCUCCAGCAGAAGUGCGCCCGGCCCGGCGGGCCAGCACAACCACCCGUCUCGGCGAUGACACCCCGCGCUGCAGCGGCGCGGCACACACCGGGGCCCGCGGAUGGCCCCCCCGUUCUACUGGACGACCACGACGGCGCCGAGGACGCGGAGAGAAGAGUCCACCCCGGGAGGUCGGUGUGGCCGCAGCCCCGCCCCCGGCCGUCCCCGCACGCGGCCCACUGAACCCGACGCAGCAGCGCCGCCAUGGCAGACUCGUCCAGGACAUCGAGGACGGCGUCGAGCCCGUCUCCUUCGUCCAGCCAAGGCCAGGAGCCCAGCGGUGGCGGCAGCAACAGCACCGCCGCGGCCAGCAGCGAGGCGGCCACCCGGAGCAGGCGGGGCACCGCCGUCACACCGCCCGCCACAUCCUCACUGCUCGCCGCCAAGCUCAAGAUCUGCUCGGCCGUGAACCGCGCGCACACGAGGGAGCGCGUCCGCGAGCAGAGCGCGCGCGCCGCGCUGCGAAGGGUGUCCACAGCCUCCACGACGGGCAAGCAGGUGGCCUCCGCGGCGGCCUCCUCGCGGAGUGGGGGCCAGGGCCUCGGCCUAGGCCGGCGCGACUCGCUGGUGCGCGUCGACUCCAAGCGCGGCAAGAAGCCCCGCGAGCGAUGGCUGCUCACGCGCAAGACAUGGCGCUACAUGACGGACGCCGGGCGCCGGCUCAUCCCGGAGGGCGCCCACAACCGCGCCGAGGACGUGCCGCGCAUCGAGGCCUACUUCCAGGAGGUGUGCCACCGCGAGCCGCGCUUCCUGCUCUGGCGGAAGAGCUCCUACCCGGGGGCCCUCGGCUUCCGGGGCCGGACGGGCCGCUCGCGCAUGGGCAGGAAGAAAGGAGGGUCGUGCCGAGACAGUCGGGACAAGUCGGGGACCGGCGCGGCCUCCACGGCCUCGGCCGAUGAGGCGGACGAGGUGGCGGCCGCGGCCCGCGGCGGCGGCACCGUGUUCCUGCGGCCCGUGCUCGGUCCCGACGGCUCCGGGCGCUUCGACGUGCAGCGCGCCAAGAGGGAGUUCCUGCAGGCGGGACCCGCCACCACGCGCCUCGGCGUCGACCACUCGUGGGACCCAGAAUGGAGAGACUCCUCCGCCUCCGAGGACAGCCUCGAUCCGGAGGACAAGCUGCUGCUGGACACGCUCGAGAUGUACCUCGCGCGGGACGAAGCGGCCCAGCGAGGGGAGGAGCCGCCCCCGGCGCCGCCGCCUGGGGCUGUGCUAGACGAGCAGGAGCUGCUGGACAAGCUUCGGCAGCGGCUCGAGGUCGUCCUGGGCUCCAGGGACCACGGAUCGAACGGGACGGGGGCGAACGGCUCCUCGGCAGCGGGGGACGGCGGUGACCGCGACGGCGCGCACCUGCCGAGGAGGCGGCCGGAGGGCGUGCCGUUCAACGGCGACCACCUGCAGAAGCAGCUCCUGGAGACGCUCCGGCGGUACUACGGCAAGUCCACGGCCAGGCAGAAGGUCAUCUCCGACCUCCUGACGGAGCGCAAGCUGCUCGAGAGGCUCCUGUUCGACACCCGCCGCGCCCGCGGGUUCGCGUACCGUCGCGGCGGUGGCGGCGGGGCCGGCGCGGAGGGCGGCCAGCCGUACGUCAGCUCCAUGAGCCGCACGGACCCCCGCUGGAGGCAGCAGGCGGCGCUGCGCGGCGGCCGCGACGCGUCGGGCGGCGGCUACGACUACCAGGCCUCUGCUGGCCUCAGCCGAGCGCCGUCCUUCCGUCGCCUCCGGGGCGCCACGUCGCCGCCCCCUCUCAUCGAGGUGCACCCGGAGGGCGAGCCCGGCGACGACGAGGACGGCGGCAAGAGAGCGGCGGCGGGCCGGGCACCGCGCGGCCCCACGCGCAGUCAGCGGGGCACGCAGACCGACCCCCUGACCACCGCCAUCCUGGCCGCCGUUGACGAGGAGCGCAAGAGGCGCGCGCAGGAGGAGGCGGACGAGGAGGAUGGCGGCGGGGGCCGGCCCCGGGGAGGGCCGGGGGCGAACCGGCGCCGCUCCAGCGUGGACAACGACGACGUGUCGCCGUCCGUGAGCGACACCAUCAAGCGGUACCUGCGCAUGGCCCGCAAGAAGAGCAUGGACGGCGACAAGGCGGACCGCUUCAAGCGCGUUAACUACGACCGGAACCUGCGCAACAUUAAGGCGAAGGGGGAGAUCACGCUGCCGGGAGACGACGACGGGCUCAACAAGGGCGCCCAGACGGACGAGUCGUGGGUGAACGCCGUCAAGGAGCUCAAGUACGAGGGCACCGGGGUGGGCUCCAACCCGGACACGGACGAGCUGGCCACCACGAGCAGCAGACUCACCAGCUCCAGGAGCAGCUUCGACACGACGGCGACCGGCGGCGACGAGCUGGCCUCGCCGUCGCAAAUCUCGCCCGCCACCACCUCCGCGAGUAGCACCCCGCUACAGUCCCCCAAGGGCCUCUUCUCCUCCGGACAAUCGUUCCUCUCACACCUUCUGCACGGGCUGCACCAGCAGCAGCAGCUUCAGCAACUGCAGCAGCAACAGCAGCAACAGCCAUCGCCGCCUGGUGCGGCUGGGCAGGGCUCAGCCAGCCCCAAGGAAGGCUCCUCCACGUCUGUUGCUGUGUCCGCAGGGGCCAUGCAGAAGUCCAAAUCGUCGUCCUCCGUGGUGCAGAGCCUGGAGAAGAUCUGGAAGACCCGCUCCAAAAGCCAUUCCCGAGCUGCCAUUGGUGGCCCGGGUACGGGCACGGGAGCGGGUUCGGAGCCGGGCGGAGGACCGCCACAAGCCUGCUCGUGGACACCACAGGGGAGCUGCACCUGGAGCAGCGGCAGCCGGCGCGUACAGCUGGCCGAGACCACGCCGCUCCUGCAGCUGAGCGAGGUGGAGCGGCAGGUGCUGCAGAAGGUGGCGCUCGCCAAGCUGCAGGCGCUCAACCUCGGCGUCGCCAUCAGGAUCCCUUCCGAGAAGGUGGUGGCGGAAGUGGCGGCAAAACCGAAGCGGCGCGCUUACCUGCUCAAGAGGAAGGCGCUCACCACCGGGGUGGUGGACGGGCGCAAGGACUCCGACAAGGACAGCCCGGCGUCCGGGCUCGUGUUCGGCCUACCCCUCUCGCAGUGCAUCGAGCACGAGCGGGGAGUCCGCGUGCCGGGCAACAACGUGGCGCUGCCCGGGCGCGGGGGCGCGACGCCGGGCCGGGGGUCCGUCCCGGGGACGCACCGGGCGGGGCUCGCCGGGCUGGCGGGGCUGGUGAGCCGCGGGGGCGCCUCCAGGAGCUCGGCCGGCGCCGCGGAGGACGUCGGCAGCGGCGGCAGCGGCAGCGUCGAGCUCCGGCGGAAGUCGCACCACGGCUCGCGGGCCAGCUUCAGCUCGCUCGUCGAGGCACCCAGGCUGGACGACCAGGCCGGGUCCGUGGAGGACCUCUUGGGCGGCGCCAUGGCGGGCAGCGUACCGGGGCAGCUCAACUCGCUAUCGUCGACCACCUCCUGCUCGGCCACCGACUUCCUCGACGACGAGAUGAGCGAGCUGGUGGCCGAGCCGUCCCGCGUGCCCUGGGUGCCGCACGUGGUCACCACGUGCUUAAGGCACCUCACCAACAACGGCCUGCACACCCUGGGCAUCUUCAGGGUUUCCAGUUCCAAAAAGAGAGUGCGCCAGUUACGAGAGGACUUUGACGGCGGCCAGGAGGCGUCGCUGGACGACGACCUGUGCCCGCACGACGUAGCCACGCUGCUAAAGGAGUACUUCCGGGACCUGCCAGACCCCCUGCUGUGCAGGGAUCUGUACCAAGCUUUUGUACAAACACAAAGAAUCCGCAACAGACGGCUGCAGGCGGAGGCGCUGCAGCACCUGGUGCAGCUGCUGCCGCCCGCGCACCGCGACACGCUGCACUCGCUGCUCGUCUUCCUCGGCGAGGUGGCGCGCAACGCGGCGGACCGGCGCGGGGACACGGGCGAGUGGCUCGUGGGCAACCGCAUGGACAGCAGCAACCUGGCCACGCUGUUCGCGCCCAACAUCCUGCACUGCAUCCCGCCCAGCGGCCAGGCCGGCGGCGACGAGCUGAGCGCCGAGCGCGCCGAGGAGCGCGCCGACACCAUCAACGUCGUGCGCUCCAUGAUCGACAACUCGGACUUCCUUUUCCAAGUGUCGGCGGAGCUGUUGGAUGAGGUGUACAUGCACAUGAUGGACUCGCAUCCGCAGGCGCUGGACCAGCUGCUCAGGAGAAGAGCCGCGGAGUCCGGCGAGGACGUGGAGACCGAGGUGGAGGAGCAUGUCUCCCACAUGGCGGAGAGACGGGUGUGGAGCCGCGAGGAGUUCCUGCACGAGCGAUGCGCCACCCCGGCCGACGAGGAGCCAGUCAGCAGGGGCAGCCGGCGCAGCGGGGGUGGCAGCAGGCGGCGGUCGCGGGUCGACUCUGCGGGGGACUCUGCCGACAGCGGGACGGGCUCGGGCCAAGGGGUCAUCACCGCCUCGCUCAAGAUCCCCGUCCCCGGUGCGGGAGGGGCGGCCUUCGCCCUCAGCGUGGACGACUCGGACAUCCCCUACAUCGAGGACGGCGUGCAGGACAGCGGUGGGAGGCACCAGGUGACCGUCGGGCUUGUCCGCGGAUCGCUGACGGGGUCCGGCGUGUCGACGGGUGUGCCCGGUGGCAGCCCGUCCACCAGCCUGAGCCAGCGGCGGCGGCAGCGCUCGGGCAGCGGCAGCGUGGGCAGCGACUCGUCGACGGCGGGCGGCGCGGCCACGGCGUCGCAGGGCACGCGCGACUCGGCCGUGGGCUCCUACAGCAGCCCGCCCCGCAACAGCAGCAGUUCGCCGCCGUCCUGGGCGAGCUCGCCGCCCCUGUCACCCGACCCGCUCGUGCGCAACGUCAACUACAUACCAGAGGUGCCACAGGUGGCACCGCAGAUGCAGGCCGUCCAGGACCGGCGCGCCGCGUACAGCCGGACCGCGUCCACGUCCUCGGAGCACCACGUGCAGACCACCACGCUCACCCCGGGCGUGGUCGUGCAGCGAGUCACCUUCACGUCCAUCGGGGACACUCCCGCGCCCGCCGCCGCCGCCGUGAGCGGCGACGCCCUGGCGGGUAUCGGCGGCCGGCGGGAGCGCGAGCCUUCCAAGCCCAGCGCCUACCAGCGCAUCAUCUCCUCCCUGACGGGCGGCGGCGGCCACCACGCACCUCCGUCGGGCUCUGGCUCCGAGCUCGCCAAGAGCGCCACCACCUCCUUCAUCGGCAGUGCAAACUUCGACGACAUGCGGGACUACCGGGAGGAGGUGGUGUCGGCGCGGGAGAGGGACAGGAUCAUCACGCCGAGCAUCUCCUCGAUCGGCGGCGCCGUGCUGAGGUCCAAGACGGCCGACAUCGAGCGCAUGCUCAGGAUCAGCCGCACGGCGGCCGCAAGCAGCACCUCCGCCGCACCCGCGCCCUCCACCGCCGUGGACGACAAGAAGAAGUACACCAAGCGUAGGUACACGAGGCACAUCCCCGAGCCAGAGGCGCUCCGGUCGCCGUCCUCGGCGGGGAUGGGCAGCCUGCUGGCCUCCCAGGUGGGGCCGGGGACGCAGGCCGGACACGGCGCGGGCCACGGCCGGGGCGCCUCGCAGGGCCAGGGCGCCGCGCCGGCGUCAGCGGGGUCGGCGCCAGGGGUGUGGAAGCGGCGCGAGCUCAUCGCCAGCGACCCCAAGAGACAUGACGCCCUCUGACCCGCACCGGCCAGGGCCGUCGAGGCCGUCGGGGGCAAGUGGAAAACUAUUGCACCGCCUCCUGUGCAGGCCUGCUCGACUCAAAGGGUUCAGUUGGACUCUCACCUGGGACCCACACUCAAAACGCUACUUUUACUUCCUUUUUAUAAGAGAAAACAUGUGACAAAAUGCUGUGAAUUAUACAAGUGUAAAUAUGUGUAUCUUUGUCUUUGUAUUUUGGUGCAUUGUAAACUACUAUACAAAAUGAAUGAUUGUUGCUUUGGAUGGCAUUUA